AUGGGCGCCAAUGGUCCCCCGGGCGGUCCAGGGCCCAGUAGUGGCUACCCCCCGUUCUAUGGUGGAUUCCAGCCCGCACCUGCACCUCAACAUAACAACCCGCCUGCACCGUCGCCGUAUGGAUUCGAUGCAGAUGCCUACGCCCUUAAACAUAGCGCAACCACUUCGGCGCCGAACAGACAGCAUCGACGAAAUCCAACCAUUCCUACUGCAGCUGCCCCACUUAAAUCGGCGAUGAAGAAGACAAUGACUGCAUUCGGUACUACAGACGGCAAUGGUGGAAGGCACUUCUACAACCCUUUCAGCCAUCCCCAGCCGCAGACGCAACCGCCGCCGUCCAAUCAGGCGCCUACGACUUUUACUCGAACCCGUACCCACUCGAACCCCAAUAGACCCCAGAACCUGACCUCGAUAGAACAGGCGCAUCAUGAAAGUCCUAUGUUCCAUAUGCUUGUAUCUUUCCACAAUUAUAACGAACUCCACAUUGAACACAUUACACGGGUAGGAUUGGAGGAAGUGCGCAAAUUGCUAUGGCCUAUAUGGCAGGAUGGAGUGGAAUCCGACGUCAAUAUUGGGCAUACCUGUGUCGUCAAGUUUCGCAAUACACCAUGGGAUUUGAACGGCCCGAAUGUUCAACAAUCAUACAAGCUUAUUACUUCACUAUUCACCCUGUUUGAACAAAGGGGUUAUUCAUUUCAGACUGCAGUCAAUAUCGGGACCCCGACACCCCGACUCAUCUUCCAGGUCACUAAACCUGCUAAUGCCGUAUUCUUCAUUGCCUUCUUCUCACAAGAUGGUCGGAAGAUCACUUUGAUUGAUCCCCCCAACCCAGUAGACCUCUCUAUCGGAGCACAACUACGGUCUGCUCUUCCAACCAGUCAUGUCUCUGAUAAUGUCGUAGAGGAGAAUACUCGUGUCUUGGAAGUCAGACGAAAAACAGCUCAAGCCCCCGAAGUGGAUGCUACUACUGUUUUUGUCGAACUUUUGAAGAUACUCUGCAAUCUGGGUUUUCAGCUCGAUGCAACACUGCCUCUCGGGCGAAGAAAUGCUCUAGGACUUCGAUAUUCCAGGGAACUUUUGGUUUUCAAAUCGGUCCAUCCUAACCAACAAAAUUGA